UGUUUUCGUAAUUUGAAUCCUGCCUGAAAUGUGUAACGUUAAAUUUAAUUUAUUUGAAAAAAGUGAAAAAACUAAAAAUAAUAAUAAUCAAUUAAAUAUUUGAUGCAAUGGAUAAAAAUCAAGCGCAAAAAAAAGACCGGGAGCCUCCUGGAAAACAACAACUGAGAGAAAUAUACGGCUGUGCCGCCAAGGGCCAAUUUCAUCGCGUGGUCCAUCUACUAGAGCAGACAAAUUUCUCUAAAGAAAGUACCUUGAACGUCUUCAUAUCAGUAUCUGCAACUUGCUCAAAGAAACUCGAAACUUGUGAACUGGACGCGCUUGAAAAACUUACAAAGAAAUUGGUUCGAGGAUUGAACAAUUUGACUGAAGAUGAAACAGUCAGUUAUGUGUUGUCUCUAUUUCAUAUUUUUAAGGCAUUAUGUUCUAAGGAAAGAUAUGAUGAUUUGUCCAAAAUGCAAGAGGUCAUCUGUCCAACUUUUAUCAAUACGUUCAAAGAAAUAAAAAAAGCCAAAGAAUAUUAUGAUAUGAUCAAACAACAAGUAUGCUACUCAAUGAGGCAACUUGUGAAUGCAAAAGAAUCAAAACACAAUCAGCACCUUCUGGUUUUAAUUAGGAUGUUGUUCGAAGCUUGUAAUAUUAUUUGGAAUAAUCCGGAGAAUUCAUAUUCUUUUGUUUGCAAAUGUUAUGCCCAGUUUGUAGGUUUAAAACCUACAUGUGAUCAGACUUUCAAAUUUUAUACCAAUAUAUUAGAAGAACUGGCAGAAUCUUUUGAUAGAACUACUGAACACACAGAGGAAGUAUUGAUACGUUUUUUACCAUUAUUCUUUGAAAUUUGCCAAUAUCCUAAUAAAAACGUGGACCUUGAUAUAGUGGAACUUGAUAAACUUUUAUUUUUUGUUGAAACAAAUUUCAAACAUGAACAGUAUUUUUAUUGUCAUUCGAUGAUAAAGGUUGUGACAGCAUUAAUUCCCACAAAAAUAGAAGAGUUACCAAAAAACGUGAUUAAUAUUGAAAAAACUUUAAAUUCUUUCAAAGCCACCCAUACAAAAUUAUUCUAUAAUGUUAUAGGCUUUUUAAACACACCUUUAAGUAAAGUAUUUGAAUAUUACAUGAUCACAGAUGAGCAAAAAUUUAUAAAAUUAUCAGAUGAUGUUAUUCUAAAUUUGGUGAAGUUUUCAUUUGAAAAAAUCAUUAGUCCAUCAUUGAUGUCAUUUAAAGAAUACCAUUGUGGCUGCAAUACAAAGAGAAAUAAUAAUGCAUUUCUGACUAGCCUAAUGCUAUUAGAACUAUUGCAACCUUGGAUAAAAUAUGUUAAGACUUUAAGCAAAAAGCUCCUUACACAAUUAAUCAAAUGCUUUGAAUUCCUAUAUGACUUUUUGGAGGAAAUUAAAAAACACGAUUGCAAAAAUUGGUUUCGGUGGAGUAGUGAGCUCACUCGAAAAGCUUAUGAAAUAAGCGUAAUACUUGAAAGUGCAAAAAAUGAAUCUCGCGAAGCGAUUAUUAAAUGUUUCCUAAAAAAUUCUUUGGCAGUAGAAAGACCUGAGUCAGGUGAUACCAAGAUAAGAAACGAUAUUGUGAGGAUUCACAGUUUUGGCAUACGUUCGUUGAACAAGCUGCAAUUUGAAAGAGAAAACUGGCUGGAAUCUAUGGGCCUUACAGCUCUGCAUUGCCUAUUGUUUACUCAGGAGAGAAAUACUACAUUUCACAAUCACUGGCUUCUACUCAAGAUCAAGAUGAAAAAAGAUACAAAUUUGCAACAACAAACCUUAGUAAAGGUCUUAUUCAAACAAAGUAAGCAGCUAAGUGAAUUUAUAAACAUUGAAGCCCUACUUACCAAAAGUAAACAGAUUGAACUUCUCACAUUUGAACUGAGCAGAUAUAGAGCAGUCUGGAAAAGCAGAAUACCUAUGAUGGCCGCAUUCGAAAAUCUUUGCAAGAUUGCAGAUCCUUUAACAAUUGCAGAUGUUACUCUUCAAAUUUACAGCGCUGGGGAUGUAAAAAUGUCAGAAAGUACUUUAAUUUUCAAUGCCAGAGCUGUGUUGGAAAAAAAUAAAUCAAGAGAUGCAACUUUGGCGUUGGCAGUAAUGAAGUUCUAUCAGUAUAAAAAUAUUAGAGAGGAAUUGACAAAUAGAACAAUUGAACAAAUGAAGACUAAAGAAGUUAAAAGAUCAGUAACUCCAGGGCCAAUUCCGAAAGAUAAAGACGAUGAAUGUGACAUCGUUUCAGUUUACUCACAUUUACGCUUAGUUGAAUAUGUCAAAGUGCUAAACCUGCUAGAUUCGUGUCUGGUCAGCGUCCAAAAUUUUAUAGAUGAUUCUUUAGGCCCACAAGUAUUGAAGAAUCUUAUCAAAUUACUUGCAAACAUUGGACUAGAAUACAAGUUGCAUAAUUUUCCAAUAAAAAGCAUACAAGCAUUCGAAAUAUCCAUGAAAUUUGCUCGUACAUUGAAAGCCUCCGAAGACCAAUUGUUUGCCUUGAGUAAUAUUAUUGAAAUGGCAAAUGAAAAAUCCCCCAUGGUUAAAGAUCUCAUUAUCGAAGGGGAUGCACUUGUGAGACAAUUGGAGAGCAAUUAUUGUGAUAAGAGUCAUAAGAAUAGCUUGAAUGAAAUUAUUACUCUUUUCUACAUCUGUAAAUCUAAAGCAUUAGUAUACGACAAUCCUCGCCAAUCUAAUGAAGCAUGGAAAAAGGCAGAUGCCUUAUGUGAAUCAACAGGACAUAAAGGUCAUCUGCGUGCCGAACUCUAUGUCAUCUCCUACAAAUUGACUAGUAAUAAUAAUUGCAACUUUUUGGAACACGAUCCCAUACGAGAGCCCGGGACUUACAAAUUACAUGCGGCCCAUGAAAUUUUGGCUGAUCUGAUGUGCAAUAAUGUCAUUAACAACAGUGAAACCUGUACAUUAUUCAACAUAGUAGAAGAACUUACAAAAGUCUAUCGUCAAAUGCGACAACCUCGAGAAUUGAGAAGCUAUUCAAGAAAUUGUGUUACUCUUGCCCAAAAACUGAAUUUACCAUUACGGUGCGUUGACCUGUUAUUAUUAUUAGCUGAAGCUGAUAUUACCACGAAUGAAUUGAACGAUGCUGAAGUCAAAUUAAACGGAAUAGAGGACAUAUUUUCAAUAUGCAAUUCGGAUUUGGUAUUAGAGGUGCCGCAACAUCAUCGGCAAUAUUCGCCUUCAUCCCCAACGCAAGCAGUGAAAAGUUUUACCCUGCCUAAGUUCCUAUACCACAAACAAGCUUGCCUCUGCUUCAUGUGCCUGAAUUGGCAAUUUCAAAAACUGUAUUUGGCUAAAUCGAAUUUAAAUACUCUAAUUAAUAUUUACAGGAAUGAGAAGCAGAUAGUUGAAGACUAUGUGAACGGUGCUAUAAGGUUAUAUCAAAUUUUCCACAAAAACAUUGAUAAGUUCAUAAACAAAGCUUCUAUGGUAAUAUCCGAUGGUUUAGUUCCAGAUUUUAUAGAAACUUUUGUAGAUACUCUGGGUUUUGGUUUGUAUGAGUAUGUUUUUUACCUGUUGAGAAACAAUGACAUAACCAAAGCUAAAAAAGUUAAUGAAAUAUUGGUCGCUUUUCUAGAGCCCGUAAAACAUAAAUAUGCUCAUUUGUACAGAGAUGUUGUGCUCCAAACUCUAACGUAUCUGAUUGCUGAAAUUAAUUUACCUAUACCUGGAAUAGUGACAGACAGUACAGAGAAUGAUCAAAAGCUAAAACCUCCUAAACAACUAUUUGUAGCUGGAACUCCCAUAAGCAAAAAGUUGCAAGUAGUAGUAUCUGUUAAUGAAAGAGAAAUAUUUUCACCACUAAAAGAGAAACCUAAAACAAAAGUUAAUUUAUUUGCUUCUGAAGAAGCUAUAGACGAGGAGAGUGAUCAAGAGUUACCUCCCACAAAUAAUGGUGACGAUCAUCAAUUCUCUAAACCCAAAGAAACAGCUUGGGGUAUUUUUGCAACUCCUGCCACACCAUUAUUAGGACCUGUUAAAUCACUUCCAUUUUCUGAAGAGUUUUCAGGCCAAACCCCGUGUAGUCAUAAACGAGCAACUUCAGAAAAAUUAAAUCCGAAACCACCCGGCGCUAUUCCCAAAUUUAAAAUGUUUACUUUCGAUACCCCAAAACUUAAAAAUCUUGGUAAAAAGAUUGAUAGUACUCCAAGUGCGCCAUUGGUUGGAAAACGAAUUAGGAAAAUGUUAACGUCAGAUGAUCUUGGCGUGAAGAGACUUGAAGAUGAUUUCAGCGAAAUAUUAUUGACUGAUGAUAUCCCAAAGAGUGUAAAACAGAGUAUCAAUAGAGAUUUAGGAACACCAAUAAGUGCCCAAUCUCAAACAUCUGUUAGAAAACGAAAUAUUAAAAUGUCAACUUCAGAUGAUCUUGGCGUGAAGACACUUGAAGAUGAUUUUGACAAAUUACUAUUGACUGAUGAUAACUUGAAAAAAUAUGAUUCAAAACAAAGCAGCAAUAGAGAUGCUGAAACUGCAACGGGCGCUCAAUCUCGAUCAUCGGUAAAAAAACGAAGUAUUAAAAUGUCAACGUCAGAUGAUCUUGGCGUGAAGAGACUUGAAGAUGAUUUCAACAAUUUACUAUUGAGUGAUGACAUCUUAAAAAAAUAUGAGUCAAAACAAAGUAUUAAUAAAGAUGCUGAACCAACAACAGGUGCUCAAUCUCGAUCAUCGGUUAGAAAACGAAAUACCAAAAUUCCAACGUCAGAUGAUCUUGGUGUGAAGAAACUUGAAGAUGAUUUUAACGAAACACCAUUGAUAGAUGGUGUUCCAAAGAGUUUGAAAAAAUAUGGUUCGAAACAAAGUACUGAUAAGGAUUUAGAAGCAGCAACAAGUGCUCAUGCUCAAAGAUCUGUUAGAAAACGAAAUACUAAAAUGUCAUCUUUCGAUGAUCUUGGCGUGAAAAAACUUGAAGAUAAAUUAAUCGAUCUACCAUUGGAUGGAACUGCACCCAAUACUGCAUCUCAACGAUCUGUUAGACAACGUAAUACUAAGAUGUCAACGUCAGACGAUCGUGGACUUCGAGACGAUUUAAAUCAAGCAACGUUGUUUGAAGUCCCGAAAAGUGUACGAAAAUAUGGUUCAAAACACAAUUCUAAUAAAGAUUUAGAUGGCAUUGCUGAAUCUCAACUGGCUCCCGUCAUAAAGAGAAUAAUUAAAAAGGAAAAGCACGAAAUGGAAACACCUAAGGAGAAUUUAGAGGGAAACUCGCCAGGGUCGUCCAAUACGAAUCAAACUGUAAAAAGCCGCAGGGCAUAUAAGCCAAGAGAAACUCCUAAAAAAUUAACCACGGAUUUGUCAGAUGCGAGUGUACGACAUCAACCAGAAAGUGUGAGUAAAAACACUAGAAAGCGAUUAUUGUCCAGAAAAAUUAACGAAAAAUUAAAUGCAGAAACUCCCUUUAAAGAAAAAAAUAAUACUACAACAGUCGAUGAAAAGGUGGAAAACCCAACGCCGAUGAUUACUCCCUGUAAAAUUAGACUUUAAAAAAUAUUUUAAGUUCCUUUAGUUUAAAUAAUUUAUUUUAUCUUUUUUUUUGAGUCAUGUAGAAUUUAUAUUUAUUUUUGUGUUACAAUAUUCUUUCCUCAGAGUUUACAUGAUUCUUUUCAUUAGAAUCAUUGAGUUUUUGUUAUCAUAGAAAAUAAAAGAAUUUAGUAUUCAUUUGAA